UGCGCCCUGCUCCUUUUGCAGCCCUUGGGGGCGCGUGCAGGAAUUCGCUACGCCACGGUCUACUGGACUGACCGUAAAACUGUCCUGGUGAAAGAGGUGUUGGACAAAGGAGGCGACGCCUAUGGCUUCUACAAUGACACCAUCCAGUCUACAGGGUGGGGUGUUCUGGAGAUCCGUGCAGGCUAUGCACCCACGAGCAGGACUAAUGAAGAGAUCAUGUUUGCUGCAGGAUACCUUGAGGGUUACCUCACCGCCCUAGACAUGCACAAUCACUUUACCAACCUGUUUCCCCAUCUGAUAAAGAAGGAUUCUGUGCUUGAAGCUGUGAAGGACUUCUUAUGGAAACAAGAUGUCUGGACCAGGGCACAGACCGGAGCACAGAAGGAAGACCCAUUGUGGAGGCACACAGGAUACAUCACAGCCCAACUGGAUGGACUGUACCAGGGAGCCGCAGAGCGGGCCAAGCGUGAGGGCACAGAGGCGCUGUCUUUCUUUGCUGUGCAGUUUCUGAACGCAGUGGGAGAUCUGCUCGACCUCGUGCCCGUGCUGGCGUCAUCUUCCAGCGAAGACUGGCCCUCUCUGCGCAUGGAGGACGCGACGAAGUACCGGAGGGAAAUGGGUCACUGCUCGGCUCUUAUCAAGGUUCUGCCUGGGUAUGAGAACAUUUUGUUUGCUCACUCCAGCUGGUUUACCUAUGCAUCCACGCUCAGGGUCUACAAGCACUGGGACUUCAACAUCACCGACCCCGCGACCAGCACCGCAAGAAUGUCCUUCAGCAGCUACCCAGGAUUUUUGGAGUCGCUCGAUGACUUCUACAUUCUUGGCAGUGGUCUUGUGAUGCUGCAGACCACAAAUUCCAUCUACAACAAGACUCUCUUCAAGCACGUCAGUCCUCAAGCCCUCUUCAGCUGGCAGCGGGUCCGCAUCGCCAACAUGAUGGCCAAGGGUGGUGAAGACUGGGCCAAGGUCUUCUCCAAGUACAACUCCGGAACCUACAACAACCAAUAUAUGAUACUGGAUUUGAAGCAGAUCACGCUUAAGCAGAGCAUUGCAGACGAGGCUCUGUACAUCGUUGAGCAAAUUCCUAUGACUGUGGCAUACUCGGACCAGACGGCCGUCCUUAGAAAGGGCUACUGGCCUUCAUAUAAUGUCCCCUUCCAUGAAGUCAUCUACCAGUUGAGUGGAUACCCAGCUGUGGUCGGGAUGUAUGGUCCUGAUCUGUCAUAUGACUUGGCCCCUCGAGCCAAGAUCUUCCGCCGAGACCAGGGCAUGGUGAAUGACAUGGACUCCAUGAAGAACAUAAUGAGAUACAACAAUUAUUAUAAGGACCCGUAUGCAGAGUCUAAUCCCUGCAAAACAAUCUGCUGUCGAGAAGACCUGUAUUCAAGGAGGCCAGCUCCGGGAGGAUGUUACGAUACUAAGGUUUCCGAUUUCUAUUUGGCUGCUACUUAUACGGCCCACGCCAUCAAUGGUCCCCCCGUCGCAGACGGACUUCCGCCAUUCAGCUGGAGCCUUUUCAAUGAGACGAUCCAUGAAGGCUUGCCGGAAACCUACAACUUCAGCUUUAUACUCACAAAACCAGUCUUGUGA